AUGGUAUUGUAUUCUUCUCGGACACACAUCGGCUGGCAGAAGCUCACUUCAGAGCACGAGGAGUGGGAACAACAGAGAAGCAAAGAUGAGUCAUAACCAACAUGAAUCAGUCUGUGAAAAGCUCUCAAGGGAACUCAGACAUUUCAAAUGGAGGGAAGUUUUCACAUGGAGGCUCCUGAAAACGCUGGCCUUGGGUCAGGGUCUCUCAGCACUGAUUUGCGGGACUGCAGUCACAUCUCAGUACCUGGCCACAGAAUUUCACCUGGACAUACCGAUGCUUCAGAGCUGCAUCAAUUACACACUUGUUUGCCUCACCUACACUACUGCACUGUGUUUUCGAAAAGGCGAUGAAAAUAUUCUGCAGAUCUUGAGGACAAAAUGGUGGAAAUAUUUAUUGUUGGGGCUGGCAGAUGUGGAGGCAAAUUAUGCAGUGGUGAAGGCUUACCAGUAUACCACAUUAACCAGCAUACAGCUUUUGGAUUGCUUUAUUCUCCCAGUGCUUCUGAUCCUGUCUCGGGUCUUCCUGAAGACGCGCUACAGAAUCAUUCACUAUGUAGCUGUGUGUGUGUGUCUGGCUGGUGUUGGUGCCAUGGUGGGGGCAGAUCUAAUCUCAGGCCGAGAUCAAGGAUCAAGCAGUAACAUUCUGCUGGGAGAUGGCCUGGUUAUCAUCAGUGCCACUCUGUACGCAGUCUCCAACCUGUGUCAGGAGUACAUUGUGAAGAACAACAGCCGGAUGGAGUUUCUAGGAAUGGUCGGCCUCUUCGGAACGCUGAUCAGCGGAAUACAGCUAGGCAUUUUAGAACAUAAUGAGGUGGCAAAUAUUCAGUGGACAUGGCAAAUUGCUCUGCUCCUGUGUGGCUUUGCUGUGUGUAUGUAUACACUGUACAGCUGCAUGCCUGUGGUGAUCAACAUGACCAGCGCCACAGCAGUUAACCUCUCUCUGCUCACGGCUGAUCUCUUCAGCCUCUUCUGUGGCCUUUUCUUAUUCCAGUACACUUUCUCAGGGCUCUAUGUUGUGUCUUUAGUGGUGAUUAUGGUGGGUUUCAUAAUGUUCAACACUGUUCCUACACCAACCCGAACUCCUGAACCAGUGUCUGAGGAGGGAGGACAUGACAACCAGGCUGCUGAGCUUGAUGAAGAGAGACAAGUGGGCUCUGAAGUUGAGAAUCAAGAGAAAGAAGAGACUGAUUCCAGUGGAAAGAGUCUUCCAGCUGAAAAUGGACACAGAUGUGUUUUAAGCAGUGUUAAAAUGUAGCUCAGAAACUCGAGGUCAACAUUCUGUGCGGAUUUACUUUUGACUGAUGACGACACUUACGUUGAUGCUAACUUAAUUUUCACAAUCUAAAUUUUUAUUGCCUAUUCUCGAAUGACAGUUGUAUUUAGGUCACAUUUAGGAGACUUUUCAUAUUAUGUUUUUUUCAUAUUUGAAAAUGUCGACUGUCAGUCUCUUUAUGUUUAGGAUGAUGAAGCAGAUGAACUCAAACCAAACCAGUCUGGCCAUUCUCCACUGACCUCUCUCAUCAACAAGGUGUUUCCUGCCGCAGAACUGCCGCUCACUGGAUGUGUUUUCUUUAUUGCACCAUUCUGAGUAAAGUCUAGAGACUGUUGUAGGCACCAACAAUCAUGCCACGGUCAUAAUCAAUAAGAUGACAUUUUUCCCCAUUCUGAUGGUUGAUAUGAACAUUACUUGAAGAUGCAGGCCCGUAUCUGCAUGAUUUUAUGCACUGCAUGACCGAGUAGGUGUAC